AUGAAUAAUAACUUAUGGGACGAUGCCUAUAGCGAUGAGACCACUAAUUCGUCAACGGUAGUCUUUUUCCCAGACAUGUCUGAAUUUGAAGAUAAAGCUCAAAGAGAAGAAGAAGAUAAUUCAAAUGAAGGAAUUAUUUCAGACUGGGCUCUCAAGAAGAUUGGAACUUUGCAAGCACGCUUAGAAGCGAUGCAAAGUGCCAAAGACUCAAAGCGAUUCACUGGAUCACACUUUUACCUGAAAUUUGCAUCAAACGUUAUUUUUAACUUGGCAAACGAAGUAUUUGGCUACAAUGGAUGGUCAUCUGAGAUUAUCAGUUACCAUUGGUACACGAGCAUCUUGAUGAAGAAACUAAUGAAUAUUCAGUCAAAUAUAAUGUUGUUGCUCGUAUAA